AUGUCCAUUCUAUCUUCUUUAGCUCGUCGUUUGCAUCUCACACCACAAUAUGAUCCAUCUUUAAUUAUUCGCGAUGUUGCUUAUUUUUCCGGUUCCGAUGCGCAUGUUAAUCAUAAAUUAGAUAUAUUUCUUCCUGCGCCAUCAACAAAUUUAUUAUCAUCAAAUGAUGAAGGAGAUACUCAAAAGAAAGUACCAGUUAUUGUUCAUAUUCAUGGUGGUGGUUGGGUUCGUGGUAGCCGUACAAAUGAAUGGCGUGGUGGUCCAUCAGUUGGUCGAACAUGUGCUAAAGAAGGUUUAGUGGGCGUUGUUGUAUCCUAUCGUUUAGCAAGCCCUUCUCUUCUUUCAUUUUUGACUUGGUCACUCAUAUUUGGCAUAAUUAUAUCAAUUCCUUCACUUGCUUUCCUUUCUUGGCAACUUUUUACUGGCUAUAUCGCAUUUAUGGCAGUUAUUUAUGCUUAUAAACUUUUUUAUGGAGUUCGAGAACCAGUUAAUGUUGAUCAUAUGGUUGAUGACAUAGCUCUUGCAUUAGUUUAUAUUCGUGAUCAUAUUAAUGAACAUUAUCCACAAGCCGAUCCUGAUCAAAUAUUUCUUUCUGGACAUUCCGCUGGUGCCCAUUUAAUUAGUUUAAUUACUCUUGACAAGUCUUAUUUCGAACGUCAUCAAUUUCCAUUAUCAUCAAUUCGAGGUGUUAUAGCUAUGAGUGGAAUUUAUUCAUUAUCGAACCCAACUCAUGAUUCCAAAUAUAAUUUUCGUAAUAUAGUAUUUCGUAUACUUUAUUCAAGUAGUUUACUUUUUCCAAAAGAUAAAACUAUGCUUGAAUAUUCUCCUAUUGAAUAUAUAAAGGAGAAUGAAGAAAUACCGCCAUUUCUUGUAAUGUCAGCCCGAUUUGAUAUGGGUUUAGAAGUUGAUGCACGACGUUUUGUUGAAAAAUUUCGUCAAUGUAAAUAUCCGGUUGAAUAUCAGAUUAUUGGUGGUAAGACAACACAUGGAACAAUUGCAAGUAAAUUUUCUACAAAUGAUGCACGUCAACAUUUUUUUACAUUUAUUCGUCAACAUAUGAAAUAA